GGAACAAAUAUUACUGAUUUUCCAAGCAUUUCAAAGGAAAGAAGCAUUGUAUGAUUUUGGAAUACGGUCUAAUACUGUUGGUGUACAUCACUGUAAAAUGUUGUCAGAUACAGUAGAAGCUAUUUCUAUCAACAAUUUCGAAGACAAAUGCUAUAGGAUGCCCUAUUGGAGUAAUGUUGUAGGAGAAGAAAGCCCAGUUGAUAACCAGUGGAUCAGUUGUACUUUGCUUACACGCUAUGAGGUUCCUCAAAAUUAGCUUAAAACAAUGAAACUCGAUUUUGGCAUUCCUGAACAUCUCUGAUUGGAUGUUUGCUUUUUUUACACUCUAUUAUCACUGUAUAUGAAGCUUUUUCAUAUGCCUGAAACAUUUUCAGCUUGAUUGCAAUUACGAGUAUUCUAGUGAUUUUCCCUUUUAAUAUAUGGUUUUUUAUCAAAUUUAUUUAUUUAUGCCUUCAGAUAAUGGAAUUUCCAGAAAAAAGAACUAAUGAUUUCAAGAAGCUGUAUUCCAAAGAUGCUCUAAGAACCAGUACGUCCGGGAGGAAAAUAAAAACUCCAAAAACCUAUUUUACCACAUCAGACGAGGAAACUCUUAUAACGAAAAAAGGAAAAAGUAAAGAAAUAGAGCAUUUAUUGGCCACUAUGAAAAAAGUUGGUAAACAAAACAUCAAGGAUCAAAGGAGUUUGUCUGCAACGGAGAUUUCUAUUGUACAAAAAGUGGAAAAACCGAUUUUAAAACUAUCAACAAACAUCAAUUGUCAGAAAAAAAAAGAUGUUCGUUUGAUUUAUUAA